AUGGCAGACACAAAGAUUGAGGACCUUCGACUGCCUCAUGCUAUAGUCAGUCGUAUUGUCGAUAAGGCCAUAGGACAGAGUGGAACGGUGUCGAAGGAAGCCCGUACGGCAAUUGCUCGAGCUGCAUCUGUGUUCAUUCUGAAUGUAACAUCUUAUGCUAACGAUUAUGCCAUUACUAAGAAACGGAAAACAAUGACUACCGAUGACAUUUUCCAGGCUUUGAAUAUUAUUGAGUCCGAUCACAUAUCUGCUCCACUACUUGAAGCACUGGAAGCGUGGAGAACUAACAAGGCGCACAAAUCCGGAGAGGCAAAGAAACGAAAAGCCGAGAAGAAAACUGCUGCGGCUCCAGGAAGCACUGAUUCAUACGUUAUCGCUUUGUCAGAAGAAAUGCGUUUAAGAACUACGGAAAGCGAGUCAUGA